UUCCCACCCACCUCUCAUCUCUUCUACGGUUCUACCCCUAACUAAUUAAUUCAUCAAAAUGAUGUUCUAAAAUUAAAGUUAUUUUUUCCCAUCAUUCUCUCUCACACAUGGACCCAUCUUUCUUCUUAAUCAUCAAAUGUCAACCGCCUCUUACCUCUUCCACCCUCCUCCUCUUCCGCCGUCGCCGCCACAAGACUCCAACAACUCUCACCUCACAACUCUAGGCUUUGGCUACACCAUAGCCAUAGGUCUCGGUUUCCUCGUCCUCAUUUCCAUCGUUCUUCUAUCCUCCUACAUCUGUUGCCGUGACUCUCGCCGCCGCACAACCGCUGUUGAAACCACCGAGGAACGUGGCAGAAGCGUAAAUCUCCCUCGCGUAAUCUUUGUCUCCGAAGAAGACAACGAAGAUCUCGAAGCGGGUGAAGUCAUCGUGGGACUAGACCAAGCCGUUAUAAACUCGUACCCUAAGUUCCACUUCUCCAAAGAAACCUCCGCCGCGUCUUCCGAUGGGUUUGGCGGCGGAGGAGAUACGUCGUGUACGAUCUGUUUGUGUGAGUAUAAAGAAGCAGAGAUGUUGAGGAUGAUGCCCGAGUGUAAACACUACUUCCAUUUAUGUUGUCUUGACGCGUGGCUUAAACUCAACGGUUCUUGUCCUGUUUGUCGGAACUCGCCGCUUCCAACGCCUACGUCUACACCACUUUCAACACCUUUGUCGGAAGUUGUGCCGCUCUCGCUGUAUGCCGCUGAUCGGAGGAGAGCAAGAAGAUGAGAUGUAUUUUACAUAGAUCCAUUCGCCUAAUAAAUUAAUUAGGGUUAUUUUAUUAUUUUUUGUCUCCGUUUCAUUACAAACUUUACUGAUUUGUAAUUAAAAUUUUCUUCAAAAGUGGAGUUUGCCAUUAAUAUCAUCGAAAUGAAAUUUAGUUCGAACGAUUUGCUUCACA